AUGAAUGGGUCUUUGGCAACUUUAUUUUACAUUUUCCUACCAGGCGCACCUCUCUGUGAUGAGUUUCAUCUGGCUGCAGUAGUUGACUGCAAAUACGAACAAUUGAGUGAAAGCCACGCCAGUGUCGCGUACACCGUCGAUUGGAAGCAAAUCCAAGUUUCCGGCGACUGGUUCUGCACCUUCAUGGGCCAUGCCUCCAAAAGACUCACCAUCGAGGCGGCAAGACGUACUGAACCCUCGUCGGUGCAUACCGCCGCUCCUGCUGUACCGACUCCUGCGCACGACCUGGUACAGCUGAAUGGCUCAAUUCGCGCGCCCUCCACUCAAACCAAAUCGAGACAGGACUCAAGCCCAACCGAAGAAAGCCAAUCUGGCGGGAAGGCGGGAGUUGAUCGGGACAUUGACGGUUCCAGUUGGCCCGAGGUUGGUGCGCCCGGUGACAGAGUUGGCGAUGGGGCUGGUAUACAGAAAUCCUCGACAGGCCAGCACGGCAUGGGGAGCGAGGAGGAGACGAGAAAAGCUCCGGCCAGUGGUGACAAGAGGGGCAACAUGGCGAAGAAGAUGCUGACGUCUGUUGAAAACGGAAGCCGCAUAGUUAAUGCUCUGGAGCCAAGCGACUUGAGAACUCGACUGGACUUCGACAGAGAGCGUCAGAAAGAUAAUUCUUUCAUCGCCAGAUUGGAUGGUUCACCAAACCACACCACAGCUAUCAGUUGGUCAGGAGACCGAUACAUCUCACGUAUGUGUUGGUCACAAUGUUGA